AGCCGGGAAAGGAAGGAGAGGGCGGCAGCAGCAUUUGCAUGAGCAGCGGGAAGAGCCAGUGUGUGGGGGGAGUGUGUGUGUGUGUAUGCGCGCGCGCGCGCCUCUCUCCGUUUCUCGCUCGCUAUAUAGGAUGUGCCGCGGAAUGGGUGGCUCGUUGCUGUAGGCGCGCGUGCGGCUCGCCCUGCCUUUGGCGAGCAGCUUUUUGCAGCGCCGCCGCCGCCGCUGCUCUCCUCCUCCUCACCACCGGCAAGGCAAGCGAUCCCGGCAGGCUCUGGCUUUUCCCGGCUGCCAUCUCCUCCUCCUUCUCCGCCUGCCUGCCUGCCCUCUCUCUCUCCCAUUUUCCUCCGCUGGGAAGCCUCGAUGUGCUGCUGCCAAUGGCCGGGGCACAGCCAGGGGUGCACGCUCUCCAACUGCAGCCGGUCCGCGUCUCGGCCAGCCUCAAGAAAGGCACCGUCUUCGUCAAGUGGGACGAUGUAAGUUUGUGGAGCGCGCCGCCUCGGCCGCCCUUUGCCCGACCUUCCUUGCUCCCUCUCCCCGCUCACCUUGAUGGAUGGAGGGUGCCGGGAUGGAAGGGGGAAACGCUCCGCGUAAUUACGCAACGGCCAGAGCGCAUCGGCCGGGGGGGCUCGCCACAUGUGCGGGAUGGUGCCUCGCCGAGGGCGCGCGGUGCUCAUCGGGCUCGGUGGCUGGGUCACACACAAACACGUGUCUGAGAUGGGCUCUGCUGAGACGCAGAAUCGGGGAUCGGGUCAAAUUUCAGCUGCUUCUGGGCACGCAGGGGUUUCCCAAGUGGCCCUAGCUCCGGAGCAGAGUACAUGCUGGGGUAGCUCGGUCGGUAGAGCAGGAGACGCUUGAUCUCAGCGUCGUGGGUUCGAGCCCCAUGUUGUGCAUGCUCCUUGCACGCCAGCGGAUUGGAACAGAGGACCCACGCCGUCCCUUCCAACUCUACAAAUCUAUGUUUCUACGAUUCAGUGCUUUGCAUGCCGACGAUUCCAGGUGUGAGCCAGUCCAGCCAAAGGAGCAUAGGGCUGGGAAAGACUUACUCUUGAGAGACAGGCAAGGGAGGUGGGCAUGAAUGGAAUUUGUACCAGUGGGCUUGACUGGGGAUCUGGCAGUUCUCCCUAUGUAUUGUCCAUUGCUGGUGCUUCUGGGAAAAAGCAGAAAUGUCUAUAAAGUGGAGUGGUGGAGGCAGAGUUGGGAUUAGGUUAUGCCAUUUCUUUUUCCGAAAGGAUGGAUGGAUGGCAUGGAGAUGAAGAAGCAAAAAUGCUGUUGCAUGGGUUGCGAAGCAUCCUGACAAAUGCAGGGUCCUGCGAGUGGGUGGGAUGGGCGAGUGCAGGUGCUGCCAGCCUUAAAGUUGGGAGAGAAGCAGGAAGGUGGAGCCGGUCUGAUUUUUCUGUGGCGAAACAUUGGAAGAGCAUUGGUUCCCAACGAGUUACCCUUGGCAACAAGCAACUCAAAUGCAUUGAUGUGGAUUUAGACAAGCAGUUUGGUGCUUGUGUUGAGAAGAAACGGGCACAGCUUUUUUGUGUAUGUGCAUAGCCUAGUGUGCACACAUACAGAGAGAGUUUUUGAAGGGAAAAUAAUAAUAGAAUUGUAGUGUGUGGUCCAUCCCCCUGCCAUGUUUCUAAGUGGAACUUGGAACUUGGAACUGGAUAUUAUUAUUUUUUAAAGAAAGUUUGCUACUUGAUCUUUUCCUUAAAAAUUGUUUUUUGCACUCUUUAGUGCCCUGUUUAGAUGCAGAAACCUCUCCGUAAGCUAGUCUUCACUCAGUUUCUCAGGUCCUCAUAGUUUUUGCUGUCAUAUAAUUACUUAUUAUGGGUGCAUACAGUGACAUUGGUAAAUUGAGUGUUACAGAGUUCCAUAGGCAAAAGUAGGAAGACCUCCGUUGCCCAGAAAGCUUGCACUCUAAAACAGAUAACUGAGGACAUGGGAGGCAUAGAGAGAAGGUGGUAAUAGGUUUGACAGUACAGUUCUACGUAUUUAGAAUCUAGUUUAUUUUUGCUUCUUUAUUACCGUUGUAUUCCACAAUUUGCCUUUUAAGGCAAAGGUUAUAAAGUGAAGUUGUUUUGUUAUGGGGCAUGGUGUUUUUGCACCUUACCUUCUGGCUUUGUUAGUGUUGAGGGCAGAAAUUGGCACAUGUGGUGAGAGCAUCACUGGCUCAAGUAACAAGCAGUUAUUUACAAAGUGACACCUCUUCCCCCUUCUGGCGUGACCCUUGUUUUGAUAGGCAUAGGAACAAGCAAGAGUACACUGUGGUCUUGUUCUCACAGGUAUUCCACCUGCACCUAGACUGUAUCACGGCAGGUGGGGGCUCACAUCACUGAGUGCUUGGCCAUAAAAAAAAAUAAAAACAUGAAACCUGGAAAACUAAUUUGCUAACAUAAUUGCUAACAAGACUUCUCUGUGCAUCGCUUUAUAGAGAAGGUGGCUUGGUUUAUUCCUUGCGGCGCUCUCUCUUGAACUUGGAUUCCCCCUGUGCUACAGCUUCAGAAUUUGGAUUUGUAAGUGGAGAUCCUAAAGCAGAAAAAGAAAGAAAAGUUCUUUCCACUUCUACCUGAAUUUAAGCUAAUAGGUUAUUUUAACAGGUUGUGUUGUUUAAGUUAACAGGUUAUGUUAUUUUUGUUUCUCAUUUCCUGUUACAGUGGACACUAGUUGGAGUGGGUUUUGCUGGAUGCAGGAAUAGCAAAAAUAUUCUUUCUCAUAUAGAAGGAAAGAUGCUGUGAAGCUGAAGCUUGUUUUUUAAAAUGAAGAGUGACAGUUCCAAUCGUGCUUUAUUUCCAUAUCUCUGGUCUUGAUGUCUACAUAUAGUCUAAUGGAGCAGUCAGGCACAGGCAGUGGUUAAACAGCUUAAGAUAAAAAGUGUUUCCGUUGGGGCUUUAGCACUGAUAAGCCCUUUCAACUGGGGAGGAUACGGGACUUGUUUGUGACCCUAACGGGUGUUUAAGUGUAGCAAACUGAAUUGAGGGAGAGCUGGCAUUUCAAUAAGCCUUAAAAAUUAAAUUCAUAGAUGCCCAAACAUGCAACUGGCUGAGAACAGCUUAUCAGAAACAUUGCAAGAUCUGGAUUCUGAACAGAAUUGCUGGUGACCUGUGAAACAGUGCAUUUAUAAUCCACUUUAUGGGUUCAGAAGACACAACUUUUCAUGAGGAAGAUGUUUAAGAGCAACUGUCUUCCUCUUAGUGAGGAAAGAAUGCAUGUCAGUGCCCAUCUAGCAUAUAAUUGGGUUGCAGUACAAUUAACUCGGCUGCUAUUGAAAUGUUGCUUUAAAGGGGAUAAGAUUGUUGGUUUUAAGUUGCCCAGCCAGGUCUUGAUGGAUUUGAUCACAAGAAUUUCUCUUUUGGUCUGCAGCAGCCUCCUGAUGUUGUUGGACUUCCAGAUCUCAUCAUCUCCAGCCAGCAGGGUCAAGGAUGAUGGGAGUUGUCCUAAACAUUUGGAAGGCAGCAAAGACAAAAUGAGGUGCCAAGCAUUUCCGAACACAUGUUGGCUUUUCGGUGUAUAGCGUCAGAGGAGCAAAUGCAAUGCAUUGGUUAAAAAUAUGGCAAUAUGGCAAAUAUGGCAAAUAUGGUGCAGUGAAGGCAUGUUUUGGUAGAAGUCGGGAUCAAAGACAUUUCUGCAGUUCCUUCACUAAGGAAAAAUCAGUGCUCAUGCAUUGGGUACCAAAGGGAGGCAAAGGACAGGAUUACAAGGCAGGCACCUCUUAUUGAAUCAAACAAUUGUAGAGUUGGAAGGAACCCCGCGGGUCAUCUAGUCCAACCCCAAAUAGUGAAGGUGCCCUUGGUUAUACCAACUGAUUUGGAGAACAGCUGCAGCUCAAUGGUAGAGCAUCUGCCUUGUCCAUUCCCUGACACCGCAAGGGGGGAACAUCUGAAAACUUGGGACGUUGUUACCAGUCAGCGUGGCAAUAUUGAGCUAGACAGACCAGUGGUCACUGACCUCCUUUCCUAUAUGUGCAACAAUGUCCUAAAUAAUCUGUGUCACUAAUAGCAGCUGCGACAAACUGCGGGAGCACCUGUGGGUAAAGUUAGAUCAGCGUCUUCUGUGGCCGAGUUUUCGAAAUGCUUGCAGGCAGCUGUUCCAUCAGUGCUGGCUUCAGAUAUGUCAGGCAGGUCACAGACGACGUGUUCUUUGAAAAGAGGGUUUAAAAGACCAUGCCUGAAAUUACCUCCUCUCGUUCUGUCUAUGCUCUUGGCAUCAACAUCAAGCAGUGUAAAAGCUGUGUGUUUAUGUCAAGUCCUGGAAGUGUUGCUAUGCUUCGAACAGCAAUGAACAAACUCUGACCUCUCUGAAAGUUAAAGAGCUUUGUAUAGAACUGGUCCUGGGAACUAGAACCACAGUUAGCCCUAAGGUCACAAAUAAAUAAAACCAACCAGUGUAUGCGGCGUGUCUCUCGUUCUAAUCCUAAAGCCAACUAGAUGUGACAGUUCUGUGAUCAGAUCUGAUGUCUGUUCCGAAAGAGGCCAUGGGGGACAGGUGGGGACAGUUUAAUUCCUUUCUCUCUCUCCUCUGCUCCCAUUCAACAUCCCGUAGCUACUACGAACUGUGAAAACAGUGGAAACAAAUCUUGUCCUAUUUUUGCCCUAUGUGGCUGAGGGUGCUUUCACACAGCAGGUUGCUGUGAACUCGGUGAUGCUUGUUUUUUGGGGGGUUUCUUUAUUAUCUUUCUCAUCAAAAUGCUGUCCCAUUUCCACCUCCCUCCCUUUAAUCUGGAUUUACUGUUUCUGAGUUUUUAUUUGAACUUUUCCAUGGAAUCUGGAUCAAAUGGGAAAAUAAUACAAGGUGGCAUUGGGAUGCAGGUAACAACAUGCAAAACUUGCACGCAAGAGCAGUCACUAAGUCCACAAUACAGUGGUACCUCGGGUUAAGUACUUAAUUCGUUCCAGAGGUCCGUUCUUAACCUGAAACUGUUCUUAACCUGCAGGACCACUUUAGCUAAUGGGGCCUCCUGCUGCUUUCACGCCGCUGGAGCCCGAUUUCUGUUCUCAUCCUGAAGCAAAGUUCUUAACCUGAAGCACUAUUUCUGGGUUAGCGGAGUCUGUAACCUGAAGCAUAUGUAACCUGGGGUACCACUGUAAACUCUUUCUUGGAAGUGCUCUAAUAGCAACACCUAAUAGAGUGGUUUGUAUGAAAGGUUUAAAUCCCACUAUUCUGCAACUUCAACCCAAAUAAAAUACAUUGGAAGAGUCAAUUGCAGAUCUAUGUGGCUUUCAUAGUCUGGCCCUUAGUACCAAGAGACAACAUAUUGAUGUGCACAAAGAGUGCAGUGUUUGAAAUUAGCCAGGCGCAUUUGCACCUGGCUGUUGGCCACUUGCGACCAAUAAUAAUGAUUUAAUAAUUAUUGGGCGUCCCAAGUAAAGCUGUCCGAGUGCCAUCCUGGCACCUGACAUCUCCACCACCUGGAGGUGCAUGCCUGGGGAUCAUUGGAUCUUGACUGUUUUCACACACUAGCAACACAUCCUGUAGAAUUCUAUCUUGUUCUAUUUUAUCUGCCCAAUCAGAAUGAAUUUCAGGAGCCAAAAUGCUUUCUCUGUGCAGCCUGAGCAGGAGCAGUCACCAUUAAGAAAAAUAGGUCAGAAUAGGCCAAUAUAUAUGUGGACAGUCCCUGGGUCCAGUAAUUCCCUCCCCCCUUAACUACUUUAACUACUCCUCAGCUGCUGCUUAAGUCCUCCCCCCCUUAAGUUCUUAACCUAGCUCAAGGUUGUCAUCUGAACUAACCAGAUGUUUAACUGAGCAUCUAUCACAUUCAGUCCGUCAUUUGAAAAAUAAGACUUUAGAGCUGCCUUAAAGGUAAAGGUAAAGGACCCCUGGACGGUUAAGUCCAGUUAAAGGCGACUAUGGGGUUGCAGCACUCAUCUCACUUUCAGGCCGAGGGAGCUGCGUUUGGCCACAGACAGCUUUCUGGGUCAUGUGGCCAGCAUGACUAAAAUGCUUCUGGCACAACGGAACACCGUGACGGAAACCAGAGCGCACGGAAACGCUGUUUACCUUCCCGCUGGAGCGGUACCUAUUUAUCUACUUGCACUGGUGUGCUUUCGAACUGCUGGGUUGGCAGAAGCCGGGACAGAGCUCAUCCCAUCACGGGGAUUCGAACCGCCGACCUUCUGAUCGGCAAGCCCAAGUGGCUCAGUGGUUUAGAAAACGGCAACUAGACAUUCCCUUUUGGCGACUGCAACCUUGGUUUAAGGAGCCAUUUGGUGCCUAGCUUAUAUAUCUGAGUCUAUAACACUCAAGAGUGCAUGUCCUGGGAUGUGGAAAAUCUUUUGGGAGCUACAUCAAAUUGGGCCCACUGGAUCUGUUGUAAUCCAGAUGUGAGACAUGUCUGGAUUCUGAUGUCCGUUCAGUCCGAAGUUGUAUUAAAGUCCAAUGCAGAUAAAACACUGUAUAGGAUCCUUCAUGCCAAUCUCCACUCCCCCCAGUGUAUGCCUGCCCCUCUUUCCCCACCCCUCUACAUCUGUCUGUUGAUCCAGCCUUCAGAUUUCAAGUUGAUGAACAGCAGAAGCAGGUACACCAAAGCAGGAUGGAAAGUAUCCUUGCCAUGCCACUGCAGCUUAAGUGCUUCCAAAGCAGAAUAGGAAUGCGCGAGGGAUAAUCCCAUCUGAUUAAUGGGCAGGUUCUGGGAAAGUUGUGAGCUCAGGCGGCAACAGCAAAAAAUGUAAGCUUUAACUACUCCUGAGCUGCCCAGGUAAGAUGCAAAACUGAAAUGAGACAACAUUUUGGGAUGUAAUCCCUUUAUAGCACCUUUGGAGAACCUUUGCUAUUGGGAAAGGCUAAAUGCCCUGUACUUCUUUGGAAGCUUUACUUCAGGGGUAGGCAACCUAAGUCCCCGGGGCCAGAUUGCCUUCUCAAUCCGGCCUGCGGAUGGUCCGGAUAUCAGCGUGUUUUUACAUGAGUAGAAUGUGUGCUUUUAUUUAAAACGCCUCUCUGGGUUAUUUGUGGGGCAUAGGAAUUCGUUCAUAUUUUUUUCCAAAAUAUAGUCCGGCCCACCACAUGGUCUGAGGGACGGUGGACCGGCCCAUGGCUGAAAAAGGUUGCUGAUCCCUGCUUUAGUUAGUGCAGGACGCAGCAAGAACUUAUUUUUUAAAAAGAAAAAAAGCUACCAUGUACUUUAAAGUUUAUUUUUAAUAGUGCAAGCACAAAUCCCAGUGAAUAAAUAUAAAUUGACUAAUUGCUGUGCUUGAAUAAGCCACUGCUAAUGCGCUCAGAGCCCUCAUCGCCCUACCGGGUGAUAAGCCGUGUUUGCAGCACAAUUUUAUGCAUUGUUUAGUAACACUGUUUACUUAGAAACAAUUCCCACAAAGUUCACUGGAGUAAGUGGGAUAGUAUUGUAGCCUUGCUGAUGCCUCCUCGGGGCCUGAUCCCAUCCAAAGGGUGAAAAGGAUUUUGCACUUGGCUGAUCUUGGUAGAUCUUGAGAGUGAGGAGGAGGGAGUGGGUCCCAUGAUCAAUUUCAAAUGUGCCUGUUGUAGAAUCCUCUGCACCUAGUUGGCUGUAGGAAAGCCAUAGCUCAGUUGUAGCAUGCAUGUUUUUUUUUAAUCUUAUCUUGUUUCUACCCUGCAUUUUCAGUGCAGCCCCCUUGUAUGCCAAAGGUCCAAGGCUCAGUUCAAAAGGCUUUGCAAACAGCAGGUCUGGACAAAUCCUCUACCUGAGAUGUUAGAGAGCGGACGCUGGUCCCAGCUCACUGGCUUUCCAUACCUUGCUACCCUCCUUAGCUUUUUCUUCUCCUAAAGAUACUAAUAAUAAUGUAUAAUAAUAAUUUAUUAUUUAUACCCCGCCCAUCUGGCUGAGUUUCCCCAGCCACUCUGGGUGGCUCCCAGUCGAGUGUUAAAAACAAUACAGCAUUAAAUAUUAAAAACUUCCCUAAACAGGGCUGCCUUCAGAUGUCUUUUAAAGAUAGGUUCCCUUUAACCUCACUUCUCACAAUGAGGGAAUCGCCAGAAGGCCCUCGGCGCUGGAUCUCAGUGUCCAGGCUGAACGAUGAGGGUAGAGAUGCUCCUUCAGGUAUACUGGGCCGAGGCCGUUUAGGGUUUUAAAGGUCAGACCAACACUUUGAAUUGUGCUCGGAAACGUACUGGGAGCCAAUGCAGAUCACUCAGGACCGGUGUUAUAUGGUCCCGGCAGCCACUCCCAGUCACCAGUCUAGCUGCCACAUUCUGGAUUAAAUGCAGUUUCCGGGUCACCUUCAAAGGUAGCCCCACAUAGAGCACAUUGCAGUGGUCCAAGAUAUCCUGCAAGGCAGCAGAAGUUUAGGCGCAGAGUCUUCCUUCUCCUAGAUGGGCUACCUUCCCUGGUUGACGAACCCCACUUGCCCCUUAAUUGUCUUAAAAUAGCUCCCCCUUCCUUUAGAUGAUAACGUAUGUUAGUUCACUUCAAUACAGUAUUGGGGAGCCCAGGUAACCACUGCCUUGCACAAUCGACCGCAAGACAUGGAGCACACACACCAUUUGAAUGGCAAUGUUCAUCAACUUGGGGGGGGGGGGAGCGAGCCCCUAAAAUAUUUUAUUUUUUUAUUUUUUAUAUAAGAUAUUUAUUAAGGUUUUUUGAAAUAUUACAGUGAAAAUGAAAAAGAAAAAAGAAAAAUACAAAAUAAAAACAGUUAAAAACACACAUAUUUUCUAUUACUUAUUUUCCUUUAGCUUGUUUCCCGGACCUCCUCGUACCUCCCUUUUUGUAUUCCACUUCAAUUUAUUGGUUCAGCAAAUCCUUACCAUUAGAUUUUAACCCAUUUAUAACCCUUUUUCAUAUUCUCUUAGAACAUUACAGCUGGAAACCGCUUAAUUACUAUCCAACAUCAUUCUAUCAUUCAUUAAUUUUACAAUAUUUCUGUAAAUAGUCUUUAAAUUUCUUCCAAUCUUCUUCCACCGACUCUUCUCCCUGGUCUCGGAUUCUGCCAGUCAUUUCUGCCAAUUCCAUAUAGUCCAUCACCUUCAUCUGCCAUUCUUCCAAAGUGGGUAGAUCUUGUGUCUUCCAAUACUUUGCAAUGAGUAUUCUUGCUGCUGUUGUAGCAUACAUAAAAAAGUUCUGUCCUUCUUUGGCACCAAUUGGCCGACAAUGCCCAGAAGAAAGGCCUCUGGUUUCUUCAAGAAGGUAUAUUUAAAUACCUUUUUCAGUUCAUUAUAUAUCAUUUCCCAGAAAGCCUUAAUCCUUGGGCACGUCCACCAAAGGUGAAAGAAUGUACCUUCAGUUUCUUUACAUUUCCAGCAUUUAUUGUCGGGCAAAUGAUAGAUUUUUGCAAGCUUGACUGGGGUCAUGUACCACCUAUAUAUCAUUUUCAUAAUAUUCUCUCUUAGGGCAUUACAUGCCGUAAACUUCACACCUGUGGUCCAUAACUGUUCCCAGUCAGCAAACAUAAUAUUAUGUCCAACAUCUUGUGCCCAUUUAAUCAUAGCAGAUUUCACCGUUUCAUCCUGAGUAUUCCAUUUCAACAGCAAGUUAUACAUUCUUGACAAAUUCUUAGUUUUGGGUUCUAACAGUUCUGUUUCUAGUUUUGAUUUUUCCACCUGGAAGCCAAUUUUCUUAUCCAAAUUAUAUGCCUCCAUUAUCUGAUAAUAAUGAAGCCAAUCUCUCAUUUUGUUUUUAGUUUCUCGAAACUCUGCAAUUUCAAUUUGUCUCCUUCUUGUUCCAAAAUUUCCCAAUAUUUCGGCCAUUUGGCCUCCAUAUUGAGCCUUUUCAGAGCUUUCGCUUCCAUCGGUGACAACCACCUUGGGGUUUUAUUUUCCAAUAAAUCCUUGUAUCUUAUCCAAACAUUAAACAGUGCUUUCCUGACAAUAUGAUUUUUAAAUGCUUUAUGUGCUUUGACCUUAUCAUACCAUAAAUAUGCAUGCCAUCCAAAUACGUUGUUAAAACCUUCUAAAUCCAAAAUGUCUGUAUUUUCAAGAAGUAGCCAUUCUUUCAACCAGCAAAAAGCUGCUGAUUCAUAAUAAAGUUUAAAGUCUGGCAGGGCAAAUCCACCUCUUUCCUUUGCAUCAGUUAAUAUCUUAAAUUUUAUUCUGGGCUUCUUGCCCUGCCAGACAAAUCUAGAAAUAUCUCUCUGCCACUUCUUGAAACAGUCCAUCUUGUCCACAAUUUGCAAUGUCUGAAACAAAAACAACAUUCUAGGCAAUACAUUCAUUUUUAUCACAGCAAUACGACCCAACAGUGAAAGCUUCAAAUUUGACCAGAUUUCUAAAUCUUUUUCACUUCCGUCCAACAUUUUUCAUAAUUAUCUUUAAAUAAGUUCCCAUUUUUGGCUGUCAUAUUAAUCCCCAGGUAUUUCACUUUCUUAACCACAGUCAGGCCUGUCUCAUUCUGAAACCUCUCUCUUUCAAUCGGUGUUAAAUUUUUCUCUAAAACCUUAGUUUUUAGCUUGUUCAAUUUAAAUCCUGCCACUUGACCAAAUUCUUGAAUUAAUUCUAAAACCCUUUUAGUACUAGAUUCUGGCUCCUGUAACGUCAAUACUAAGUCAUCUGCAAAUGCUCUCAGUUUGUACUGUUUGGCUCCGACCUGUAUACCUUUAACCAACCGGUCCCUUCUAAUCAUAUUCAGCAGAACCUCCAGGACCGAUAUAAAAAGCAGUUGGGAGAUUGGGCACCCCUGUCAUGUCCCUUUUUCUAUCUUAAAUUCUUCCGUCACCACAUUAUUUACAAUUAAUUUAGCCUUUUGUUCAGAGUAUAUUGCACCUAUACCAUUUUCAAAACCUUGGCCUACCCUCAUCCCCUGUAGAUUCUUCUUCAUAAAGCUCCAAGAGAUAUUGUCAAAAGCUUUCUCCGCAUCCACAAAUAUCAGAACUGCUUUAGUGUUUAUGUUCACUUCUAGUUUUUCCAAAAUAUCAAUUAUAUUCCUCAAAUUAUCAGACAAGUGUCUUCCCGGGAGAAAGCCCGCUUGGUCUUUAUGAAUCUCUUCCAUCAAUACUUUUUUCAAUCUCUUGGCCAAAAUGUCUGCAAAAAUUUUAUAAUCCACAUUAAGUAACGAUAUAGGGCGGUAGUUCUUAAGCUGAGUCUUUUCAGUCUCUGUUUUAGGUAUAAGUGUAAUGUACGCCUCUUUCCACGACUCUGGUGCCCUUUUCCCUUCCGAAAUUUCAUUGCAGACUUCCUUCAAAGGUUGCAAUAUCCACUCUUUCAAGGAUCUAUAAUAUCUAGAAGUCAGCCCAUCCGGUCCUGGAGAUUUGCCCAAUUGCAUGUUUUGAAUGGCACCUUCCACUUCCUGUUCAGAUAUUUUAUAGUUCAGCAUUAAUUUACUUUCUUGAGAGAUUUUUGUAAUCCAUUUGUCUUCAAGAAUCGGUCUAUGUCCAUUUCUUUCUGUGGCCCUUGCGUGUAUAAUUGUUUAAAGUACCUCUGGAAACAGUUUCUAAUCUCAAUUGGGUUGUGUAUAUUCUUUCCUUCCACUUCUAAGUUUGUAAUAGUAUUUAAUUUUUGUCUUUUUUUCAUUUGCCAGGCCAACAAUUUCCCACAUUUAUUAGCUGAUUCAAAUGUUUUUGUCUCAUUUGUUUAAUUUUCCAUUCUAUUUCCUGAUUCAUCAUUUUCAUGUAUUGUACUUGAUAUAAUUUUAUUUCUCUCAGAAUCUCCUGCGACUUUGGUUUUGCUCUCAAUUUCUUCUCACUUUCUUUUAUUUUCUCCAAAAUUUUAUCUUUCUUCUCAUUCUGACUUCUCUUCUUUAUUGCAUUCUGUUGUAUCAGAAACCCUCUCAUGACCGCUUUGCUUGCAUCCCAGAUUACUCUUUUUUCUACAUUGGUGUUCAUAUUUAUUUCAAAAUAGUCUCUCAGAGUUUUUUGGGCCUUUUUAUAUACUUCUUCAUCUCUAAAUAAGGUGUCAUUCAUCCUCCAUCUGAAGGAUCCGGUUGAUAUUUGUUUCAUCUCCAUCCUUACAGCGUUAUGGUCGGAGCAGGUUUUUGGGCAGAUUUCUACUUUCUUUAUCUUUGGUGCCAUUCCUCUAGUUAUCCAUAUUUGGUCAAUUCUAGUCCAUGUCAUCUUGGCUUCAGAAAAGAAGGUUCCCUCUCUUCCCAAGGGGUUCUUUACUCUCCAGAUAUCCACUAAAUCUAUAUUGUCUGUCAUCUCAAAAAAAUGUUUUCGGUAGUCUACCAUCCUUGGUAACUACCUGUCUUUGUGCCUUAUCCAUGUUUGUAGAUACUACUCCAUUCAUGUCCCCCAUCAAAAUCAAAUUGUAAUCCAAAUAGUCCAGUAAAGUCUCGUGCAACUUUUUAAAGAAUUCAGAUUUCCCCUCAUUCGGUGCAAGCCCCUAAAAUAUUUUAUGGGUUGGCGAAGGGACCUGAGUCCUUAGGAGUUGGCUCCUAUGCUUACUUUGCAAUGUGGGAAGCUGGCCCUGCUGUUUUUGGGGGACCUCCUGCUCAUUCUGCAGAGGGAGGCCCUAGACUUCUGCUGCUAAGUCGUGCCCUGAUGGGGUUUAGCCUCCCCUUAAAGCAAUGACAAACCUAGACAGCAUCUUAAAAAGCAGAGACAUCACCUUGCCAACAAAGGUCCGUAUAGUAAAAGCUAUGGUUUUCCCAGUAGUGAUGGUUUUCCCAGAAGUGAGAGCUGGACCAUCAAGAAGGCUGAUCGCCGAAGAAUUGAUGCUUUUGAAUUAUGGUGUUGGAGGAGACUCUUGAGAGUUCCAUGGACUGCAAGAAGAUCAAACCUCUCCAUUCUUAAGGAAAUCAGCCCUGAGUGCUCACUGGAAGGACAGAUUGUGAAGCUGAGGCACCAAUACUUUGGCCACCUCAUGAGAAGAGAAGACUCCCUGGAAAAGACCCUGAUGUUGGGAAAGAUGGAGGGCACAAGGAGAAGGAGUCAACAGAGGACGAGAUGGUUGGACAGUGUUCUCGAAGCUACCAGCAUGAGUUUGUCCAAACUGCGGGAGGCAGUGGAAGACAGGAGUGCCUGGCGUGAUCUGGUCCAUGGGGUCACAAAGAGUCAGACACGACUAAACGACUAAACAACAACAACAACAACUUAAAGAUGCCCCUGUGCUUUUCCUCCACAGCCAGAGUUGCUUUCACUCUCUUCCCGUCUCCGUGUGGAACUGUGUCCCACCAGGAAAAGAGCUGAAGUGGAAGUGCAUAGGAGCUGGUUGUAUGUAGCUAGCUGCUCACUCCAUCUGUUAACAAGAGGGCACAAUCUCCCACAUAUUAUUACAGCACCGUUCUGGUGGAGAGAAGGCGACACGAAAAGCCAUUAUGCGACAUGAGAAAUGUUCCUAGCUGAUUUCCUGAAAAUGGCAUGAAAAGGCGAUGUUGCUCAGAGUGCAGCUUGCCUGUUCGGAAUUAAAUACCACCAUGAAUAGCAGUGCUGUGCAGAAAGAACAUGUGUUAAAUUUUCAGUUUCAAGGGAUCUGAAUAUCUCGACUAUGCCUUGCUUUUCUUAUGAGCCUAUACAGCUGCUAUAUGCUGAGCUGGACCACUGAUUCAUCUCUAACCCAAUGUAUUUUCCACUCUAGCUAGCAGCAGCAGCAGCAGCUUGCUAAAAUUUUGGUAAAGAUCCUUCUCAGCACCUGCUCCCUAAAAUUCUGCAUUUGAGAAGAAGAAGAAGAAGAAGAAGAAGAAGAAGAAGAAGAAUUUUUAAUUUCUAUCCCACCCUCCCUGGCCAGAACCGGGUUUCAGGGUGGCUAACAUCAAAAUAUAUAAUACAUUAAGACUUAAAAAUCAGCAAUCGACUGAAAUACAGCUUAAAAUCGGAUUAAAAUCAAAAUAAGAUCAGAUGGCUACCCGCAAAUUAUUGCUAUAGGGGUUGGGAACCUUAAGUCCUCACCAGACUCAGCUAUUUGUAUGAGCCGGUGAGAAGAGUUAGGCCACUUAUAUGCAGGGUCUUGUAAAAGGAGAGGGGUCAGACAGGGCCCUGACCAAAGGCCUGGUGGAACAGCUCUGUCUUGCAGGCCCAAGAAGCCAAGGGUCUGAACCUGAGACCUUCUGUGUGUGCCUGACUGCUGAGCCAUGGUCCCUCCAGAUUAAUUGGAGCAUUGAUCCAUCCAGUCCAAUUCCACUCUCACUGCCAGUGUUGCUCUUAGAUAUUUUCAGCCCUGCUACCCCUUCCACUGAAGAUGCUAGGUCAUUGCCUUUUCAGUGGUUAAAACCUUAAACACUCCUUAGGUAUCUAAGGGUACAAGGUAAUUUGAUUAGGUGUGUGAUUGCCAGAUUAUUACCACUAGGAUAGUAAGAGUGAAACUGAACCAUAUAAUUGGUUUAUCAAUUUAAUUUGCUAAAACAAUCACUGAACUUAAAAAACUAGGUUUGAUAUGUCCAAUAUAAAUAAGAAAUCUGCAAAUACAGUGAUAUCAAGUUCUGUUACCAAUCCUAGCAGAAGAAACUCAACUGUUGAUUCAGAUAUAAAUAUGGAUAUGAAAGAAUUAAUUUUGGGAUUGAAAAGAGACAUCUUAGAAAUGAAGAAAGAGAUGAAUGAAAAUGCUAGGACUACGGACCAAAAACUGGAUAGGAUGGGAAUGAAAAUUGACGAAAAUGCAAAGAUGGUGACAGAGUUAACAGGAAAAAUGAAUGAGUUAGUUGUAAAAAAUAUGGAGAUGUCAAAAACCGAACCUGGGACCUUUUGCCUGUAAGUUGCCCUGAGGUCAGAGGUAGGGAACUGGCCAAUGGCAUCAUGGGGCUGCAAGGAUCCCUUCUUGGCAGGGCCCAGUUACACUACCAUUCAUGGAUUGUCCCUGGAUAAAGUGACUUUUCUUCCUUACGUUCUCAAAGUUCUUAGCUUAGCUUAAGGUUGUCAUCUCAGCUGGCCACAUGUUUAACUGAUAAUCAAUCACAAUCAGUCGAUCGUUUGAAAAAUAAGACUUGAGAACCAUCUUGCCCCCAAAUGGCAACUAGACAUCCAUUUCCUUAAACUGUAACCUUGGUUUAAGGAGCCAUUUUGCGCCUAGCUUAUAUAUCUUGAGUUUCUAACACUGAUGUUUAGUGGGGUUUCCAUGGAGGUAAAAUCGAGAAGUAAAUGCUACGAUUGGUGCUGUGAAAUUAGCAUGUAGUGCAAAUCUUGUAGGACAAAGUGUCUUUCAUCCCAGAUACAUCUUUUUCUUAAGUGCCCUUCUGCAGAAGUAUGCUGGGCAGAAUGUAAAAAACAAAACAAAACCUUGGAUGGAAAGAGGUUACUGCUAGGCUGUUCCAUGCAUUGUUCUUUGGUUGGAGGCACAGGCCCAGUGAAUAAGUCAAAGUUAAUUGGGAAGUUGAACAGUAACAGAAGGUUUGCUCCCUGUAGUUCAGAAGAGGCUUUUGCCGAAGUUUGAGGCAGAGGCAAGAGGGGAAUGUUUUAAACUUUAACAUCGAGGAUUCCUGGUUUGAGCCAGUUGAACACAUUCUGAUCCCUCACCCCAACCAUAUAAAAUGGGCCCAUCCUGCUCUUUUGUUGUAAUUUAAAGUUCUGAAGUAGCCCUUGCUUCUUUAAAAUUUUGAUUGACACAAACUCAAAUGCUGCAUGGACUGAUCGAGCACGGUGUUCUUUCAAGCGACUUUGUGCUGGUCAGAAAACUAGCAGAGGGGCCAAUAGUAUUGAUGCCAGUGCCUGCCUCAGAAUCUGUUCUCAGAGCCAGAGCUUAAAGCUUGAAAAAGUGAAGUCAGAAUGGAUAAAAGUGCCUCUUGCCAGGUCUGGAGUACAUUUCAGUUGCUGCUGAGCCACUACAGUAGGGAGUCACCUUGUUACAUCAGGGUUAAGGGAAAGAUGAAACACUUUCAUCUCCUUUUAAAAGAUGCUAGUGUGGCAGGAAAGGGUUUCUAUUCUCCUCAAAUGCCUGACAGCCUUAAAUAAACCUGCCUCUACUCAAAACACCUACAAUAAGCUCAGCAGUGCAGUGCAUUUAAAGGGAAGAAAGGGAAGCUUGUUUUCAGUUGCAAUGUAAACUAUAUUAGAUCUGUGAUAGUUUUGCAUCUUCUCUUUUACCAGCAGAGCUCCUUUUAUUAGCAUCCUAUAUGACAGGCAUAGGCAAACUCAGCCCUCCAGAUGUUUUGGGACUACAACUCCCAUCAUCUCUGACCGCUGGUCCUGUUAGCUAGGGAUGAUGGGAGUUGUAGUCCCAAAACAUCUGGAGGGCCGAGUUUGCCUAUGCCUGCUAUAUGAGAACAGCAAACUCGUUCUCCAAGUCUGACUCCUGAUGCAGCCUAAACAUGUGUAUGGAUGGUUCCGUAGGCAGAGACUGAGAAACCCCAAAGUUUACAGAAAUACAAAAAAAUUGUUAGGAGGAGAGAAACUCUCAUGAGGGGCUGUUGCCCCGCCCCCAGUGUGUUCCCCACUUCAAUACAGAACAACAAACUCCUGUGUUGCAAACUUAACAAAACAAACAACACAAGCAACACAAAGGCCAGUAUACUAGAUAGCACUGUAGAUCUUAUUACAUAAUAUACAUGAUUUAGUACAACAAAAACAAAAUGUGUACACUUGUAAAUUCUCUAAUAUAUUUGAAAACAAAUGAACACUCUGACUGUUUCGCUGGAAUCUUCUUCAGCACAAUCCAUAGAUUAGAAAAAUGCACAAGGAGCAGUGGUCAUGAGGAUAUGUAACCACUCUAAACUAUGGGUUGUGCUGAAGAAGAUUCCAGCGAAACAGUCAGAUUAUCCGGGAUCCUACGUUGUUAUUCACUUACUACUUCGGCACCAUGAACGCCUAAAAAGUUUUACUGCUUAGCCCACAGGAUAGCAUCUAUUACUUUGUUUUAACCAUAGACUUAUUAUACUUCUACGGACUUUCAAAGAUUGACAGACGUGUGUUCAUUUGUUUUCAAAUAUAUUAGAGAAUUUACAAGUGUACACAUUUUGCUUUUGUUGUACUAAGUCAUGUAUAUUAUGCAAUAAGAACUACAGUGCUAUCUAGUAUACAGUGGUACCUUGGGUUACACAUGCUUCAGGUUACAUACGCUUCAGGUUACAGACUCCGCUAACCCAGAAAUAGUACCUCAGGUUAAGAACUUUGCUUCAGGAUGAGAACAGAAAUUGUGCAAUGGCAGCGCGGCGGCAGCGGGAGGCCCCAUUAGCUAAAGUGGUGCUUCAGAUUAAGAACAGAUUCAGGUUAAAAACGGACCUCCGGAACGAAUUAAGUACUUAACCCGAGGUAUCACUUUACUGGUCUUCGUGUUGCUUGUUGUGUUCCCCACUUCAGACUGAGCACGCUCAAAAACCACAGAAUGCUGAGUGUUUAUAUUAUUUUAACCAUUGGACUGGAAAUGGAGUGGGAGAUCCUAGAAGAGAGGGUUUGACUGGUUAGAACUCUGAACAGGAGCAGCCUGUGCUGCAACAUUUUGCUGCAGGCUCCUUUGGUUUUCUUUGUCACACACCCUGUGAGCUUUUUUUCCUGUCAUCUUUUCAAAGGGCAGCUGCCUGCCUGCAGCAGCAGCAGAUCAUUGCAAAAUCCUGGUGGUCAAUAGGACAAGCUGCCUUGAGAGUUCUUUUCUUGAUGAGGAAGAGUAAAGUAGAUUUGGACAGGGCAAAUGAAAAGAAAUAAAAAUAAAUUCAGUUCACUAGCCAUCUUGCAGAUUGAUGCAGGGCGAUAGAGUGACCACAGAGCCACUCCUGGAAACCAGGUCAGAGAUGCCACAAGGAAUGCAGAAGGUUAGGGUGAAUGACUCCUGGUGGCAUAAGCAAGCGAGUUGAACCACUGGUAGAAAGCAAAUGCAGCAGAUUAAAUGUAGGUCAAUAGAUAAUUUGAUCUGAGGAAAAUUCCUUCCCUAUACAGCUUUUAAAAAGCUGUGGUUUUACAUAAUGAUUUGGACAGACCAAAGCUUUACUCACCUGGAGUUGAGAGGGUAUUGAAUGUCCUCAGUGUUCCAGGCUUGGAAAUGGAAAAUAUCAGGGGGUGUUGUUAAUGAAAUACCCCCCUCCCAACUCCCCAAGCACAUUUAGUUGUGGCACUUACAAGUCCUGACAGCUGAUUUCAAUGUUUUCAACAUGGAAGCUGUACCCAUACUUCGCACAAUGCAAACUAACUAUACGUUUGUUCCCUCAUCCUGUUCAGCUUGAGCGCCCUACAUUUGCUCUGGUUGGACAGAAUGGAAACUGAGUGCCUUGAUACCCCUUUCACAAUUUCUAUUAUAGUUUCCAUAUUCAUGUUUUUUUAAAAAAUAACAAUAAGCAUAUGAAUAGGAUUGCUAAUAAUGUUCAUAGUAGUACAUAGUGUAUCAUACAUAUAUAUUCACACACUUCUGUAUGUAUGUACACAGCUUCUUACAAUUCAGUCUACUCUUCAAGUACAAAAGGUUUGUUAAUUGAGGUUGAGAAUUUCUGACAAUUUAAUAUUUUUCCAGCAUCAAAAUACUUCUAGAAGACUCAUUCAUUUUAUAUCUCCACCAAGGAUUCAAAGCAUAUUGCAUUAUUUCAUUCUGUAUCUUUGGGCUCCUUUGGGAUAUAAAUUCAAUAAACAACUGCUUUAUAUAUUAAAAAGAGUUUCUCACUUUGCUUUCCUUCUCUCUCUUCCCUAAUCGUGUCAAUGCAAUGUUGAGGAUGCCCUCUGUUAGCUUUCUAACCCUUACAUCUCAAGAGUGGUUUGUUAAGUGAGACUAUAACAGAUGAGGCCACUGAUUCUUAACCUUAAAAAAGACUUGGUUUUGAGCUGAGCUGGUGUCAGUUGUCAAUAUGGACAUGGGCUGUUUUCCCAGUACGUGCCUCUCUCAUUAACAGACAUCUGGUAGAAGCUAGCAUGUGGUUCUGGGUGGUGCCCUUGAACUUGAGUCCCAAUGGGAGAUUUUCCAGUAGGGAAGUAGAUUCUUUACAAAAAGUACUGUGCACUUGUGGCACUGUUCCUCAUUAGAUCAGGGCAGCCAUAACAAGGGCAGAGGGCCCAGCAAAUUUGUGCUGGGGCUACUCUGUGUUGGUGGAUCUGCUUAGGUGGACCCAGGUCUUAUCCUGUAGCCACUUCUAUUUCUCCUGUAUUACUGAAAAUGACAGCAUAGGCCCAACAAGUGACAAAAGUCCUCACAACAAUGGGCAGGUGUUGGGGCUGGUUUUCAACAUUGUGAUAUAUCAGCAGCUAAAUACCGCAAUAUUCUGAUCUAUAACGAUGUCUGGAAUGUAUCUCAGUUGCUUCUUCCUCUGCACCUUAGGGAAAGAAGCAGCAGCCAAGAUACAUCGUCCAGCUCUUCUGUUGUUGUUGUUUAGUCGUGUCCGACUCUUCGUGACCCCAUGGAGCAGAGCACGCCAGGCACUCCUGUCUUCCACUGCUUCCUGCAGUUUGGUCAAACUCAUGCUGGUAGCUUCGAGAACACUAUCCAACCAUCUUGUCCUCUGUCGUCCCCUUCUCCUUGUGCCCUCCAUCUUUCCCAACCUCAGGGUCCUUUCCAGGGAGUCUUCUCUUCUCAUGAGAUGGCCACAGUAUUGGAGCCUCAGCUUCACGAUCUGUACUUCCAGUGAGAACUCAGGACUGAUUUCCUUCAGAAUAGAUACGUUUGAUCUUCUUGCAGUCCAUGGGACUCUCAAGAGUCUCCACCAGCACCAUAAUUAAAAAGCAUCAAUUCUUCGGCGAUCAGCCUUCUUUAUGGUCCAGCUCUCACUUCCAUACAUCACUACUGGGAAAGCCCCAAAAGCUUUCCAGCUCAGUUGGGCUGGGUAGCAGUGGAGCAUAUCCCCGUGCUGCCCAUGCCAGGGGCGCAGAGGGUGCCCUCCUGCAUGCCACAGAGUAGGAGAGGGGCAGGGAAGCUGCUGCCCACACUUCUCCUGCUCUCCUCCCCCAGGUCAGGCCUUACCUGGGAGCAGAACUGUGCUAGGCACAAGCACCGCAGCUAAGAUGCAGCGUGGAGCCAGGAUCUGAUGAAGGAGCCUGCUGUGCGAGCGCCUGUUUGUUUCCACUUUCAAAAUUGUGCCCGGGGCCAUGGCACCCCUGGCAUCCCCAUGCUACACCUCUGGGGCUGGGCAAUGUAACUCACUAGAGGCUUCUCAGACUUUGUGUGCUCAUCCCGGGGGAGUUACUGUGCGGUGUGGUCCGUGUCCGAUCUGAGGCUGAAGUAGGGUCCAAGGCAGGGAGUCAGGUGUGGCCAGGAACUCUGGCAGAAAGCAGAACAGGGUGCCGGCAGGAACAGGUAACCAACAAUGUUGCUCCCGCAACCUGGGACUGGGUGGGCUGGCCUUUAUCUCCUCUGAGGCAUAGGGCAGCCCCAGUCCACAGGUGACCCGCCUCUCCUGGCCUGGAGGCGAGCACUCCUCCUGCGAGAACUUAGUUCCCUCCGCCUCUCUGCCCUGAGCCUCUGCAGCUCAGGAGAGGCUGGAGGGUUACUGGACCCAGAGGCAACCUCACCUUCCCCUGACAGACCUCCGGAGCCAGAGUGGAUUCAGCUGGUGUCUGCUCCUGAGGAUCUGGCACAGGUGAGGGCCCUUCAGGUUCAAGCCCCUGCCCUGGUUCAGCCAGCCCUGGAGGCGGGGACUCCGGCGCAGGCUGGGAUUCCUCAGGUUCAGCCUCUGAAUCCGAUUCCCAGGCCACCACACUUUGCCUGCCUGCACCUUUGCCGUUUGCAGAUCUGCAGCCACCACAAUGUAUUCCCAGCUCAAAAUGUCUUAAACUGGUAUCGCGAUCUGAAUGCUAUACCAGUUUAAGAAAAUUUACCAGUAUAUCGCCCAGCUCUAGCGGGUGUGUUUGUGUCCAGAGUCUUAUGUAAUUGGUUGGCCUGCUACUCUUGAGAUAAAACCAAAGUUCUUUCGGAAGUGCACUAGGUGACUUUUAAGGAUAUUUGAAGUCCCACUGGGAGUUCUCUUAAACAACCAUCUUAUUACAAUUUGGAUUUGCUAAGUGGCAUUGGCUUCUCAAGUGGAAACUGCCCAAUGAGGGAUAAAAUGCAGCAUUAGUAAAUGAUAUGUCCCAGGCUAGUCAAGCAUCAGUGAGGGAGAUGAGAAUUUGUAGGUCAAAUGCUUGCCCCAGGUGGUGUUGCAUGAGUUUGAGUGUGUUUUGAUUAUAUCUGUCAAAAAGGCAUAUCACUUAAAAUUCAGUCUUUCCCUAGGUAAGCAGUUGCUUUCUGGAAAUAUGUAAAUCAUCUGUGUGGAGUUAAGUACACCUGUACUUUGGGACUGGGGGCUUUAGGGACUAGAGACAUUGACUCUUCUUGUCGUCUCUUUUCACUGUACUUUGGGCGCACAGGUUUCAAUUGCUGCUUGCUCAAUGCUCUUUAAUCUCCAGACGUAUGUAUUUCAAGGGUCACUUGUAAUUUUGGUUAGGUGACAGCAGGAAUUUGAGAAGCGUCUGUCUUGGUGUGCUUUGUAAUGGACUUUUAUGAAACUGUAGCUGGUGAAAUGAGAGCUGAACUCUUAUCUAAAUGCAGCCAUAAGAGGUGUGCUUGAAACCACCACCACCUUGCUAAUGAGGAAAGGUUGGCGUCUGGAAAGAAGUCUCUUCUGAUGUUGGAGUUAAAAUGUUGGACUUGGAUCUGGAAGUUGUUGUUGUUUAGGUGUUUAGUCGUAUCCGACUCUUUGUGACCCCAUGGACCAGAGCACGCCAGGCACUCCUGUCUUCCACUGCCUCCCGCAGUUUGGUCAGACUCAUGUUUGUAGCUUCGAGAACACUGUCCAACCAUCUCGUCCUCUGUCGUCCCCUUCUUCUUGUGCCCUCAAUCUUUCCCAACAUCAGCGUCUUUUCCAGGGAGUCUUCUCUUCUCAUGAGGUGGCCAAAGUAUUGGAGCCUCAGCUUCACAAUCUGUCCUUCCAGUGAGAACUCAGGGCUGUUUCCUUCAGAAUGGAUAGGUUUGAUCUUCUUGCAAUCCAUGGGACUCUCAAGAGUCUCCUCCAGCACCACAAUUCAAAAGCAUCAAUUCUUCGGUGAUCAGCCUUCUUUAUGGUCCAGCUCUCACUUCCAUACAUCACUACUGGGAAAACCAUAGCUUUAACUAUACGGACCUUUGUUGGCAAGGUGAUGUUUCUGCUUUUUAAGAUGCUGUCUAGGUUUGUCAUUGCUUUCCUCUCAAGAAGCAGGCGUCUUUUAAUUUCGUGACUGCUGUCACCAUCUGCAGUGAUCAUGGAGCCCAAGAAAGUAAAAUCUCUCACUGCCUCCAUUUCUUCCCCUUCUAUUUGCCAGGAGGUGAUGGGCCCAGUGGCCAUGAUCUUUGUUUUUUUGAUGUUGAGCUUCAGACCAUAUUUUGCACUCUCCUCUUUCACCCUCCUUAAAAGGCUCUUUAAUUUCUCCUCACUUUCUGUCAUCAAGGUUGUCUCAGCUGCAUAUUGGAUCUGGAAGAACAAGGUUCAAAUCCCCAUUUAGUUAUGAAGCUCAGGUCCUCCUUGCAUGUCGCUGGGUGAUCUUGAGUCAGUUACUGUCUAUCAGUUUAAUCUACUUCACAGGGGUGUUGUGGGGAUAAAAUGGGGGAGAACCAUGUAUGCCACCUCAAGCUUCUUGGACAAAAGAUGGAACAGAAGUGUAAUAAAUGGGAUUUGUGGCCAAUACAAAAAUUCCAAUGUGACUUUGUGCAUUUUUGCUAGGAAGUGAGAAGCUGACUACGCUCUCCCACCUGUGAUUGCGUUGCACCCGCUUUAAAUUUAUUUACUUGCUAUAUUUUUGGCCAUGCCCCAUCACCAAAAGGGUUCACAAGAUGACUCACAGCAUUAUAAAAUAAUAAUAAAAUAAUCGGUAAUCACAAAAUAGAGCAAAAAGCAGCAAAAGUCAAAUAGAGAUUGUUGUGCUUGUGGUCUUUAGCAUUCCUGGAAAUGUUUUUGGAAUUGGAGGAAGAACACUGAAAGCUGCAGCGACUUGCCUCUAAAUAUGUGUGUGUUUUGCAACGCUUUGGUAGAUGCAUGAAGAUAGCACAAAUUAUAGUGGCUGUAAAUUCAGGAACGAAGAUCGAUGAGGUGGAUUUGUGCCAGGAAGUACUUGCCUCUUCACCACCCCCUUCCAAUAAGCUGCUUUCAUGUUUAAAAUAUAACAAACGAAGAGCUGAAAAAUUUGACUGUGGUUGAAAUAAGACCGAGAUUCCCCCCUAAAUGCCUUCAGUAAUAAGUCCCGUCAGUUCCUUAGUGCACUUUAAUAGAGAGUGCAAAUUUUAAUACUGUAGCAACAAUAUCUACUGCGCCAACAACGAAUCCAACAGUGCAGAUGUAAGUUAAUGGGCGUUAAGGAUUAAAUAUUAGUUCUGUUUUAGAGGUGACUGGGUCAUUGGGAUCCUCAAGUACCUGAGGAUGAACAGCAUAGGUUCAGCCAAAAGGCAUUUAGGCUGAAGCUGUUGAGUUGAUUUGAAAAGUUGAAUACAGUAGUACCUUGGUUCUCAAACGCCUUGGAAUUCAAACAAUUCGGAACCCAAAUGUUGCAAACCUGGAAGUAAGUGUUCCAGUUUGAGAACUUUUUUUGGAAGCUAAAUGUGCUCCGUUUUGAGUGUUAUGCUUCCGAUUUGAGUGCCACACUUCCAUUUGGAGAGUUACACUGACAAUUUGAGUGUUACACUUCUGUUUUGAGUGCCACACUUCUGAUUUGAGUGCCAUACUUCCGUUUUGAGUGUUACACUGAGGUCUGUCUGUUUUUGCUAUUUAUUUUGCAUUUUUGUUUGCGGCUUUUUGUUUUGUUUUUGUGACUGUGUGGAACCCAGUUCAGCUACUGAUUGAUUGAUUGUGUGACUGCAGUUUAUUGUUUAUUGACUGCAGUGACAUUGUUUAUUGCUUUCAUUUUAUGGAUCAAUGGUCUUGUUAGAUAGUAUGUAAAAUUCAUGUUAAAUUGCUGUUUUAGCGGUUGUUUUUAAAAGUCUGGAACAGAUUAAUCCAUUUUGCAUUACUUUCUAUGGGAAAGCCCAUCUUGGUUUUGGAACGCUUUGGUUUUGGAACAGACUUCCGGAACGGAUUAAGCUUGAGAACCAAGGUACCACUGUAGGUGAUUCUGGAAGGUAGCUUCCUGUCGCUUAAGGGUUGGAAUUCUCACAUUUCCAUAUUCAUGUAGCGUGAUUGCAUGUACAGUGGUACCUUCGGUUACAUACGCUUCAGGUUACAUACGCUUCAGGUUACAGACUCUGCUAACCCAGAAAUAGUACCUCGGGUUAAGAACUUUGCUUCAGGAUGAGAACAGAAAUCGUGCUCCAGCGGCGUGAAAGCAGCAGGAGGCCCCAUUAGCUAAAGUGGUGCUUCAGGUUAAGAACAGUUUCAGGUUAAGUACGGACCUCCGGAACGAAUUAAGUACUUAACCCAAGGUACCACUGUAUAUAACCAUACAUGCUUAGAACUAUCCUAAUAUACUGUUGUUGUUGUUUAGUCGUUUAGUCGUGUCCGACUCUUCGUGACCCCAUGGACCAGAGCACGCCAGGCACUCCUGUCUUCCACUGCCUCCUGCAGUUUGGUCAGACUCAUGCUGGUAGCUUCAAGAACACUGUCCAGCCAUCUCGUCCUCUGUCGUCCCCUUCUUCUUGUGCCCUCCAUCUUUCCCAACCUCAGGGUCUUUUCCAGGGAGUCUUCUCUUCUCAUGAGGUGGCCAAAGUAUUGGAGCCUCAGCUUCACGAUCUGUCCUUCCAGUGAGCACUCAGGGCUGAUUUGUUUAAGAAUGGAUACGUUAUAUACCAGUAUACUAGAAUUUAUAGUAAAUUGUCUGCCAGUUUCCAACAAGCAGUGCUGUGGCCAAGAUUCCCCGGAGGAAGCGUCUGGGUGGUACUGCUUUAGACGGCAAGUGGGAGUGAGUCUGACAUGAUGGAAUGCUUCUCCAUGCAAAAGAAACUUCCCUCGGCCAAACUAGCACGUCAGGGGAGAAUGCCAGGGCCUUUCUUCCUCACGUGCUAGAUCUUAAAAGAGAGGAGAGUUUCUUUUCCACUAGGGGCAUUUCUAACAGGCCGCCCCACCUACGCUGUGAAGUGGUGCAGUCCACCUGGAACUAUGUCACUUUUAGUGAGAACCGGGCAUUUUUUCUCAUAUAUUAAGCAGACCAGGGUGUUCACGAAUGAAAAUUCAUGCUUUGUAGACUCUCACACAAUACCUUUUCAACUGCAGUUGGCCAAACACAUUUUUAAAGUAAAAACCUCCUGCUAAUGGUCGACCUCCUGGGACGCCGAAGCACCACAUUAUAGUAACAUAUUGUUGUUGUGUUAACACCUUGUUCCAUUGAUUAGCACAUGAGAACAUCCCUGUGGACAUGUUACAACUCCCAGUGCUCACCCAGGAGGCCAAUUCAAUUAGUUCUGUAAGUGGAAUUUGCGCAAAUACUUAAUAAUGGGAUUGCUACUUGCGAUAAUGUCUCCCCACUCCCUCACACCUAUUGGAUAGCGAAAACUCGCUGCUCUGAAGGUAGAGCCAUAGGGUUCGUUUUCCUCUCCUUCUUAAUCAAGUUCCAUCAAGUGCCUUGAUGAUCUUGCUUAAAGCCAAACUUGCAUUCUGCUAACUUGUGUUCUGUAUGUACAGGGACGCGGGUGGCGCUGUAGUCUAAACCACUCAGCCUCUUGGGCUUGCCAAUCGGAAGGUCAGCGGUUCAAAUCCCCAUGACGGAGUGAGCUCCCAUGGCUCUGUCCCAGCUCCUGCCAACCUAGCAGUUCAAAAGCAUGCCAGUGCAAGUAGAUAAAUAGGUACCACUGUGGCAGGAAGGCAAUCAGCCUUUCCAUGCGCUCUGGUUUCCGUCAUGGUGGUCUGUUUCACCAGAAGUGGUUUAGUCCUGCUGGCCACAUGACCCGGAAAAACUGUCUGCGGACAAAUGCUGGCUCCCUUGGCCUGAAAGCAAGAUGAGCACUGCACCCCAUAGUCGCCUUUGAUUGGACUUAACUGUCCAGGGGUCCUUUACCUCAUCAAUAGGAGUAUAGCAUCUAGAUCAAGGGAAGUAAUAGUGCCACUGUAUUCUGCUCUGGUCAGACCUCACCUGGAGUACUGUGUCCAGUUCUGGGCACCACAGUUCAAGAAGGACACUGACAAACUGGAACGUGUCCAGAGGAGGGCAACCAAAAUGGUCAAAGGCCUGGAAACGAUGCCUUAUGAGGAACGGCUAAGGGAGCUGGGCAUGUUUAGCCUGGAGAAGAGGCGGUUAAGGGGUGAUAUGAUAGCCAUGUUCAACUAUAUAAAAGGAUGUCACAUAGAGGAGGGAGAAAGGUUGUUUUCUGCCGCUCCAGAGAAGCAGACACGGAGCAAUGGAUCCAAACUACAAGAAAGAAGAUUCCACCUAAACAUUAGGAAGAACUUCCUGACAGUAAGAGCUGUUCGACAGUGGAAUUUGCUGCCAAGGAGUGUGGUGGAGUCUCCUUCUUUGGAGGUCUUUAAGCAGAGGCUUGACAACCAUAUGUCAGGAGUGCUCUGAUGGUGUUUCCUGCUUGGCAGGGGGUUGGACUCGAUGGCCCUUGUGGUCUCUUCCAACUCUGUGAUUCUAUGAUUCUAUGAUUCUACCUUUACCUAUUCUGGAAUUGUUUUCAUGCUAGAACAGGUAAGGAAAAAGUAUUGGGGUGGAGGAAAGUAUUUUAGGUUGGUUAUGCAGAACAGCUGGGUAAAUGAAUGAACGUGUUUUGAAAUAUCAUGACUUCCAGGAAGUUCUCCCUGCUUUGCCCCAUGUAAUUUCUCCCCGUUAGCUUACAAGUAGUAAACGAAUUGGCCUAGAAGUCAAUGUGCUCAGAAGGUGGCUGUCCGUGCCCCAUGUAUUCUGGUAAUACUGAGGGCAGGACGUCGAGCUUCUCAGCUUGGUAAUUCCUUUUUAAUAGAACUGUGAGGUUGAGGACAUUUGCAGGGGAGAACGGAGGGUUUGUCCAACUCUUCCCCACCCGCUGUCUCCGACAAAUGAGGCCAUAUUAAAAUGCUUCCCCCACUCCACCCAAAAAAAUAUAGGGUUCUGAAAUGAGUAAGCCACGCUGAGGAGAAAACAGCAAUUUCAGGGGACGAUGGGGAGAUGUGGACCAACCUCUCAUCUGCCAAGCUUCCCCUAGAAGAGCCACACCUGUGUGUGUCUUAAUCAGGGCUUGUUUUGGGCAAAACUUGCCGGAACUCAGUUCCGGCUCCUCUCAGGUGGGCGCCAUUGCCGUUAUAAGCGAACAAGGGAGGUGUUCAUGGUGAAUUCUGGCACCUCUUUAUCUAGAAAAGAAACCAGCACUGGUUUUAAUCAAGCAAAUGUGCUUCUCAAGAUAAUGGAUUCUAACAGUUGGGUAGAAGGGGUAGGAAUAUGAGGGGGCUAAGGCCAGCAGAGCUCCCAGACCCUUUGCUUUAAAAGAAAAAAAAAAGGGGGGGGGUCAAAUCAGGUAUUCCUGAUGAAAGCUAGAACACAAAAUAUGGGCCUAGCCUUUUCUGUGGUGGCUUCCCAUUUGUGAAAUGCUGUAGUGACUUGUCACUUGAGAGCCAUCCUGACAUGUCUUUAGGCUCUAGGCAAAAACAUUCCUCUUUAUCUAGGCCUUCAGCUGUUAAAUAAUCUAUGGCCUGUUAAAGGUGUGUGUGAGGUGGGGGCUGUUAUAAUGAUUUUUAAUAAUAAUAAUAAUAAUAAUAAUAAUAAUAAUAAUAAUAACUACUGCUAUUAUAUUACUAGGCUUUGAUUUAUGAUUUUACGAUUAUGCUCUGUAAAAUAUGUUUUUAACGUUAGGCACUGCCCUGAGAGCUUUCGAUAUUUUUAUUCUUUUUGAAUUUUUAUACCUCCCUAGACCCGGAGGUCUCAGGGCGGCUCACAGAACAAAAUAAAGAGCGGUGUAUAAAUCAAAUUGAAGAAUAAUAACAAUACUACUGCUUUGGGGCUCAGUAGGCCACACCAUUGCUAAGGGCAGUAAGUCACUGUUGCUAAGCAACCAUAAGAAGGAAUGUUGACACCUGAGACUGGGGAAGAGGCCCCUCUCGGAGCAGCAACCAGAAGCAGAAGAAGCUGGCCAGAGGAAGUAUACUGGGGUACGUUACUUGAAGCACCUUCCUGCCAUCAACGUUACUUCAUUCACUCAGGCUGCUUAGCAGUGCUACUGUUUCACACCAUAACAGAAAUGUUUGCAAAAGGUGAAAUACGUUUUGUUAACAAAAUAACUAACAAAGCUGAGACCAGAAGAAGAAAUCUAGGACAACUUGGCUGUCAAGGAAAUAAUUUAAUAAUCUAGCUUAACGUUAGGGAUGAUUCAUGCAUCACCUCUCCAACCCGGAUUAGUGCACGUGAAAAGUGUUUUGCAUGUGGAGGAGGGGGAUGCAGGGAGCUUUAAGCCUCGAGGAAAGUCCUUGCAUUUGUUGCAACAUGUUCUGCUUGGAAAAACAGACGCCAGCAGUGCUUGGGAGGAGCCAGUUGUCCAAAACCGCAGAGUGAGAGGCGCUGGGAAACUGCACAUGUCAUGCAUGCCAAUUCCCCGUUGCUUAGCUUGUCAGGUUGUACUUGGAGUGCUUACAUGAAGCAGACCAUGUACAAACAGCACUCUGCGGGACCUGGCAAACCCAAUUGCCAUCUGCCUUCAUCCACUGUCUUUUGCAAUAUAAAUGGUUCAGGCUGCAGCUUCUUAGAAACCGGAGGCUUGAAAAUAGAUACUUAGGCAAACACGUUCAUGCAAAUUAUCCAGUCAUUAGUGUGAGAGAGCUGGGGAAACCCCUUCUUUCGGCAUACCUCUUGUUCCUCCCUCCCCAUCCAUAAUUAAUAAUAAUAAACCCCAACACAGCAGCCCUUGGUCCCCUGGCUGGGCCUGGCUGUCCCACUGAAAAAGGAGGUAGUGACCCAGGACUAGCCCAAGACAUUGGGCUGCCUGAGAUGUCCCACCGCCUUUCAGUCCAUACACAGAAGCAAACCUGAUUGGCAGUUAAAUCUGCCACUUGAACACUAGCAAUGGGACACCAAGAUCCUGUCCAGCUGUGGCAGGCUUACUUAGAAGAAGAAGAGGAAGAGUUUGGAUUUGAUAUCCCGCCUUUCACUCCCUUUAAGGAGUCUCAAAGCGGCUAACAUUCUCCUUUCCCUUCCUCCCCCACAACAAACACUCUGUGAGGUGAGUGGGGCUGAGAGACUUCAAAGAAGUGUGACUGGCCCAAGGUCACCCAGCAGCUGCAUGUGGAGGAGCGGAGACGCGAACCCGGUUCCCCAGAUUACAAGACUACCGCUCUUAACCACUACACUACACUGGCUCUCUAACUUAGGGUUAGGUUAGGGAUACAGAGCAGUCUACCUGGCACACACAGCUCUGUCCUUUAGCACCUCAGUGCUGCUUGCUGCCCUUCAGGAAGUGUGUCAGUGUGGCACAGCUGUUUGUUUGUUUGUUUAUUAAAUUUCUAUAUAGUCAUACCUCGGGUUACAGACACUUCAGGUUGCGCGUUUUUGGGUUACGGACGUGCCAAAACUCGGAAGUACUGGAACGGGUUAUUUCUGGGUUUCAGCGCUCGCGCAUGCGCAGAAACACUGAAUCACAACCCGCAUGUGUGCAGACGAGUUGCGGGCUCUGCGGGCUGCGAACAUGCCUCCCACACGGAUCGCAUUCGCAACCCAAGCGUCCACUGUACCACCCUUCAUCUGAGGACCACAGGACGGUUUACAAUAUAUAAGCACAAAAAUACAUAGCUUAGUAACAAACAGAAACAAUGCCCCUCCAUAUAUGGUUUAAAAGACCACCGAUGAUUUAAUGAGCCCAAGCUCUGUGAGAAGAGGCAUGUUUUUGCUUGGUGCCUAAAGAGAUGUAACCUCACUUAAAGAUAAGGUGCCAGGCAAGACUCCCUGAGGAGAGCAUUCCACAAACGGGGAGCCACCACGAAAAAGGCCUCCCUCCAGACUACUGGAGGGUGUUGCCACCCUCCAGACUACUCACCAAGGAGGCACACGAAGAAGGGCCUCAGAUGAUUAUUGCAGCAUCUGGGUUGAUACACACGGGGAGAGACAGUUCUUAUGAAUGCUGGACCAGGACCUGGGAGAUCUGGGUUCAAAUCCCCACUCAGCCAUGAAGCUCGCUAGGUUAUAUUGAGCCAGCCACAGCCUCUCAGCACCACCUGCCCCACAAGAUUGCUGUUGUGCCAAUGCAGGUGGCUUCUGUAUGGGGCAUGAGGAGGUCAGGUGGCAUUUUGCCUUUUGCCUUGGGCAGUAAAAUGUAUUGUGAUGGUCCUGGCUGACUUCUACAGGAUGAAAAAGCUGAUACUUCUGAAAGCAGGAAGAGCAGUGCAAUGAACUAUUGGCUACGAUUGCCAUUUCCAUUUUAAAAGGACAGAACUCCGUUUGGGGAAAUAGCUAGCAAAGCAGUCUUUUCAAUUAUUCUGUGUAUUUCCACGUCUCGUUCCUAGAAUAGAGCACUUUGAUCUUCCCAAUUUUUAUCCUUUUCCCAAUUGCUCUUAAAUACUGGUGGGAGGACGAGGAUUCUUCAGACUACCCAGUGAGGUGUAAAUUAGAAAUUCUUUCCUCCCUGGACUAACAAAUAGUCCAAUUCUCAGGGUGACAAAUUCGAAUCAAUGAAGAACUGAAAUCUUAUUUUAGAGUGAGCUUCCCCUGAUGUGCUUUUCACAAACCUCCACCUCCUGUAGUUUGUUCUACUACUAGGAUAUUGACUGAUGAAGAGGUGGGUGGUGACUUUUCAACCACUCUUGACAGUCUUUUCCUAUUAAGGGGGCUGGACUCAAGCUCCCCAAGAGAUUCUGUUGCCCGUGGGUGAAUUCUUGUUUUCUGUUUAUUUGUUUUCUGACAUGUGCUGGAGAGUAAUGGAGGAUGUCUCUGUGCUUCUUAGGCUCACUGGGCAAUGGAACUUUCUGUAAAGAUGGCAAGCAAAAAGAACUUACCUCCAUGGGACCGAGAGCUUUUAAGAAUUAGCUUUUUACAAAUUUAGUCUUCUGAAUUCAGUGUUUUCUUCAUCAGUUGCACUAAUUUGCCCCAGCAUUGAAUCUUCUAUACCUAACUAUACGCAAAAAUGCUCUGUUGCAGUACACACUGCUGGUACACAUUUAUUUUGAUUUUAUAGACAAAUCGGCUCCUCCCUUAAAGAAGGCAUGUAUUGUGGUGAGACCUGGAAGACUGACACUCUGUGUUGUGGGUGGGUACGAUUGGUCAGCCACAACACCAGAUUGGUAGAUCCUUCGUAGCUGGGUGCAAUCUGGCCAAUGGGAUGCAGUCCAAACGGUUCAAGGGACCUAUUUAUGCCCAUGCAUGUGACCCAGAGCUUCCUCUUUUGGCCCGUGCAUUCAGAACACCUGCCCACCUCUUCCUACUUUUAGGGCUUUGCGCUUGACCUUGCUAUGCCGUCGUGUGUCGUCUGUCGUUGGGACAGGGGCAUGGCAGGAAUUUUCCCCACUUGGCUGAUUGGCUGUUGCCAUUUGGGUUUUGCCUUCCCAGUAGCAAAUCGUCACAACUUGUAAGGUUGCGGAUAGGCUCUGGUUCAGGUGAUAGGGAUGGGAAGGGUAUUCCGUUAAAGGAAUCCAGGGACUUAAUGGUUUGGUCAACCUCUGAGAGGGGGUUGUGCCCAUGCCAGAGUCUAGGGGGACAUUUGGGUGGCGGAGAUAGCCUGUUCCUGGCUUUCUGCUUAUCCAGGUGUUCACACUUGGCUGACCUAUGAUGGAACCCUGGGUCAGCGCUACCUGCAUGGCAGGAAGCUAGUCGAACCAGAGCCUAUGCAACCGGUCACUUUCUGUAAUCAAUAAAGUUGUGGCCUAAAUUCUGCCAAAAACCAAAACCAAAAUUUGAGUCAAGUGUGAAUUUAUUUAAAGGGGGAGGUUUCUGGGUCUGAACACACAACUGGUAGACCUCAAUCACAUAUUUGGAAGCUGAACCUGUGAGUUGGGACAAGCCAAAUAAAUACAAAACUGUGUUUGUACUAAUUGCCUCAGAAAACAUUGGUUCCUAUUUGUUUUUAAUGCUAAGUGAGCCAAAAUAAAAGUGAGCAACCUGGGAGGUUAAUUAGAAUAAUUAUAAUUUUUGCUACUUGGAGCUCUUUUUAAUUUUAUGAGCCUCUCCUGGGCACUCCUAGGAUGGUAGUGGAAGGGAAAUACAGAAUAGGAGGAUUCCAGGAUGUGUGUGCCUGUCUCCUCAUCCCCAGAGCAGGAGCAAUGUCAUCAUCUUCCAGAGCACCAGGAUAACUGAUGGACUGUCUUUGCUCUGGUACAUAACUGAAGUGAUGAUGAGGUUUUCAGGAUUUUUGAUUUGUUUUGGUGACUUGUUAGCAUAGAGCAAGGCAGAGAAGCAAGGAGAAUAAUAAAGUAGGGGCUGGAUACUUCUCUCCUUUUGUUUGAUGGGCUUCUUACUUCAGGCUGACACUCUCUUAAGUGAUAACACGUCUUUGCAGAAUUGGUUUGCAUUACUAAUUAAAAGCCAUCAGCUGCAUUUCAGGUGGCUGAAGAUCUUUUAUUAAUGCUCAGUGCAUAUUUUUUUUACAAGUUAAAACUGCAGCUGAAACAAUAUGCACAGGUUUUCUGGGAGUUGUGCUAAUAAAUUUAAUUAGUAAGCUAAAUCCUGCUGCCUUUGCUCAGUGUAUUUGUGUGUGCAUAUCACAAUGGACUUAUAUAGCUGCCUGCAUUUUGGGAUUCUUUGUUGGGGUUUCUAGAUCCUCGUGGAGGAUAUGUGAUUUCAGAGGAUUACGGCAAGCCCCUGCAUUUCACUGCUCAGUUAACAUGGUUCUAAAAUCCAGCAGCUCAUCCCAGCUCAUGAAACAUGGUUCUAUAAUCUAGCAGUUGUGAAACGGUUCUUGCAUAUAACUGGCAGCAGGAUUUGUAGGAAAAGCAGGAGGGGCAGAAUGUAGAAUGGCAAUGUGUACGAAGGAAACAUCUGAAAAUACUUAAGUAACAUGUUGUAUACUUCAAGGGAGGCUGGGACAGAGAGUUAAUGACAGAGAGGCUCCUACUUGUGUGGAAAUAUUCUCAGAAAACAAACUCUAAAAUAGAUGGAGGAAGUCGGACAUCACAGAUUUGAGACGGCAUCCCCUGGAGGGAAGCAAACUUAAAAUGCCUGGCUUUGCAAUGUGCUCAGCCUCUGAGGUGUUGGGUUACUUUGCAGUUGUCCUCUGAUCUUGUCCAGCAAUUGAGAGGAGUUAGAAUAACGUGUUUGUGUUGCAAGGCCUGCUCACGUUUUGAAGGGGUGGUAACGGUGGAAUUAAGCAACUGUGUUUUGGUUGGCACUGGGAGUAUCUAUAGUAAGACUUAAAAUAAAUACUGGCAAGUGUUAUCUUCAGCAUUGCGUAGGGCAAGGCCAGUAAAGUGUGCUGUUUUCCUUGAGUACUUUAAGGGCACCUUUCUGUUCCACCAACUUUGUCUAAUGAGUUACCCAAACUCCUGUAUAAAUGAGAAAGGCAUGCACAUAAAUGAAUGGCAAUUUAUGAAUACUUCCUUUUGCUAGCUAGGGUGGUAUAUUUAGGCAUGCAAGAAGAGCUUUGCAAUGUGUUAAUACUGUGUCCUUUCUUUCUUUGCCAGGAUUCCACCAGUGUGACGUCAGUUUUUGUCCGAACAGACCCACAUGGAUUUUUCUUGUAUUGGACAGACCAAAAUAAGGUAGAUAUACAUUGAAGUACUUCAGCUCCCUCUUUGUGGUGGCUUCUUUUUCUGACCAAAUACCUUUUCUGACAUUUGUAACCCUGGUGUCUUUUUUUUUUUUAAAGGAUGAGAACUAGGGAUGGGUGUGUGUGUGAAUUUAAGCCAGUCCACAUUUAAAGAUUCACACUUAAUUCACUACCUAAAUCACACUUCCUGAAAGUUUUGCAAACCAAAGCACCGCAAUUCUUCAAAAGUCAUCCUUCCCUGAAUAUUGCAAUGCAGUUCUCAAGCCAAGUAAUGUGUACAAAACUGCAAAUACUAAGGUAAAGUGUACAUAAGAACACAUACCCUAGUGAAAGAAACAUACAAAAAUGCAUCCUAUUCGGGAAAAUUGCAUUGCAGAACAGUGUAUUUUAGGAAAAAAUGCAUACAAAAAUGUAUAUCUUAGGAAAAUUUUGCACUACAGCAUAGAUAAAUUUUCAUGAGGACAUUUUUUAACAGAAUUUGGAAAUGUGGGGGACUGUGUUUAAAUUUGGAAAAAUAAGAAACUGAGAGAAAGUGAAACUGAAAUUCACCCAUCCCCAGUGAGAACUCUGGACCAUUUCCGCAGAGUGUGGCCAUGUUUUCUAAAUACUUAUCAGUUCUACUUGAUAGGAACCUGGAAAAAAAUAUCUCAUUGACUUUUGAAGAUUACAAGCAGUGAGAAAGGAAGAGCAUUGAUGAUGAACAUUUAUAUGAAAGUCUUCAACUAUUUAUAUAGUCUGGUACUAGGACAUUCAUUUUGUGUUUCCUUGUUCCUGUAAAAAACAACAACCACUAGUACAUAUAUUGAAAUGAUACUCUAGGACAGGGGUCAUCAAACUUUAUCAGCAGGGGCCGGUCCACUGUCUCUCAGAACUUGUGGGGGGCCAGACUAUAUUUUGAAAAAAAUAUGAACAAAUUCCUAUGCCCCACAAAUAAGAGAUGCAUUUUAAAUAAAAGCACACAUUCUACUCAUGUAAAAACAUGUCUGCGGGCCGGAUUUAGAAGGCGAUUGGGCUGGAUCUGGCCCCCGGGCCUCAGUUUGCCUACCCGUGUUCUAGGAGGGUAUAUAUUUAUAGUAUUGUUGCUAUAUUCCUGACAAAUGCUUAAAUACCUAUAGCUUUUUAAAAGAGCAUUCGUUCAAGAUAAUUUGAAUUGGACUAUCACUGUGUGAUUAAAACCCAAUCUAUAAGGGUCAAGGAAGGAUAUUUCUCUUCAGCUGAUAAUGAUGGUUUUAGAAACAUUUGCCGAAAUGUAUCCUGAAAGGCUUUGUUUAGAAAAACAAAAAUAGAUCAGCUGCCUGAAAGCUUUGCUUAGAAACUUGAGUGUUUGUUUACGAUCAAUGCUGACAGCUAUUGAAAGAUUAGUUGCAAAAAAACUUGUAGGAAGAACUUGUGCUAAUGCCAGAGCUUGCUUAUAAUGUUGCUUACUGCAGAGGAGUGGUUAGAAGAUGUAGGCAGCUUGCCAAAAAUAUUCAUCCAUAGUUAGUUCUAAGCUAGCAGUAUGUACCUGGAGGAGGGGUAGGCAAAUCUGAGUUAAGGAACAUUAUCUGUUUUCUCCCCUUGCCUAAAAUAAAACAAUUUCACAGCUGGGCAAACAAAGGCUGAGGUUUUAUCAAAAGGGGAUGAAAUGUUCUGGAGAUGCAGACUUAACUUUUAAGGCUUCAGUUUGGUGUCUCCCUAAAGCUAAGUAAGUGUGACAAAAGAAUGACAAAACCUUGCAAACUGAAGACGAGGGUACAAACUUGACAUGUGUUGCCAAAGACCCAAUGGCUAUCAUUUCUCAGUUUCCAGUGCUAGGUAUUUAGCAUGUGUGGAGAAUCGGAAGAUCUUAGCAUGAACAAUAUGCAACUUCAUGUCUGAAAGCGAUGGAUUUCUUAUUGCGGUUAAUGAUCCUAUCUCAUAAUUGCCUUCUUGUUCAAAAUAAGAACUAAAAUACACGAAGAUGGGGAGAACUACAAAGUAUGAAAGAAUGCAAAUCUGCAAAUGGCUCUUCCUAUGUUUCUUUUACGUAAAGGGAAGGGCUUUGAUUUGGAGAAGGGGCACCGCGAAUGUGAAUUCUCUCCCCCUACCUUCAGUUAAGUUUCGUCUCUUCUGAAUUACUAUUUGAAGUUCCUGUUAUCAAUCCCCUCUCUGCUCUGUGACUACUAGUAGCUUCCGGGAGUGGCUUAUCAGGAAAAUGGUGCAGGGCAAAAGAGUGAAGCCCUCCUCCCUGAAUGUCAGUACAGAAUUCACUACACCUAAAGUGAAAAUAGAAAUAUCAGAAGAUCUGGUCUUGGCCCCAAGUCUUGAUAAGGUAAACGCUCUAGGCAAACAAGGGUCAUGUAAUACUUGGGCAAAUGGAUCUAUAGUAUCCACAGUCUUAAGAAGAUGGCAUUAAGAAAAGCUAGUGUGGAAUAAAGAGAAAUUUCUUGGAAAUAACAAUUAGGCUUAGGGGCGGAAUAUGAAUAUGUUAUUAAUAAAUAUUAAGGAUUAGAAUAGUAAUAAAGGAGAAGUUAGUAAAUGAAAGAAGUUAAUAUUAUUAGAAAAAUGAAUUUGGAGAACUGCUAAAUAGGUGAUAUAAUGAAAUUCAGUUAGAUGGAAUCACGGAAGUCAGUUAUUAAUGUAAUGAAAUUAGGAUUUGGAAGUAAAAAUUUGUUCUUAUGUGUGUGUGUUUUUGUAUUUUGUGUAUUGUAAUGUUUUUCUUUUUUUCUUUUUCUUUUUUUAUGUGAUAAAUGUG